AUGAUGGUGUUUAAAGUUUUAUUCGUGACUUCAUUGUCGUCAUGGUUGUUAGCUUUGGCAGCUGCAGCUGCAUUUGUGGACACAGCUGCCUCGAAACACAAUCUCAAAAUUAACUUUCAAGUCAGAAGAGGUUCAGACAAGAGUCUUUUAUCGCCAACUGAAGAUUCAGAGCCUAAAUUGGUCAAACGCGAUAAAAAUGACCAUGACAGUGAUGAAACUGACGUCGAAGAUGGGUCCCUUGAAAUUGAAUUAAUCAAUGAAAAAACAUUCUACUUUGCUGAUUUAUUAGUUGGAUCAAACAAAGAAAAAAAUCAAGUGCUUAUUGAUACUGGAAGCUCGGAUCUUUGGGUUAUGUCAAAUGAGGUUGAUUGCAAUAUAUAUGGUACAUACAGUCGGAAACGAGAUGCAAAGAAUGUCUUUGAUAGUUUGCUGUUUGGAAAGGAGAGCAGCGGCGAUGAAGACAUGACAAAAGAACGGAAUAUAGAGAAUAAAGACUGGUUUAAACGUGAUAUGAACCCCGAUUCAAUCAUCACUGGGCUUUCAGAAAGUACCCAAUUAUCAACACUUGAUAGCGGAGAGCGAGAUCGUCUUGAUUCCAGCAGUGCUAGCAGUAGUAGCAGCUACGAUCAUGCACGCAAGUGUACAUCGUACGGUUCAUUCAACACCGGUGAGUCAGACACAUUUGUGCAAAAUGAUACUACUCCAUUCAAUGUAACCUACGCUGAUGGUUCGUAUGCAAGAGGAGUUUACGGCCAUGAUACAGUUGAAAUAGAAGGGGGAGUUACCAUACCUGAUGUUAGCUUUGCCAUUGUUAAUAAAUCAUCUAGUGAAAUUGGUGUUUUGGGAAUUGGGUUACCGGGAUUAGAAUCUACAAAUAUCAAUAAUGGUGGUAAACGAUAUAUGUAUGAGAACUUGCCCAUGAAGAUGAAAUCAGAGGGAAUUAUCAACAAAACGAUUUACUCAUUAUACUUGGAUCAAUCCAAUGCUAAAUCAGGUACCAUAUUGUUUGGAGCUGUUGAUCAUGCAAAAUACCUGGGCACAUUGGAAACUUUACCAUUGGUCAGAAUAGAUUCGAAGUACAACUACCCACUCAAGUUCGAUGUUAUCGUGGAAAAAAUUGAUGUCAAUAACGAUGGUGACAAGGUUAGUGCGCUAACAUCGAAAGAAACUGCUGUAUUAGAUUCCGGCUCAACUUUAUCAUAUUUACGCUCGUCUCAAAUCGAAGAGAUUGCUCAGGCACUCGGUGCAAAGUAUAUUUCUGGCUUGGGCGCCUACAGGAUUGAUUGUGAUUACCUCAAAUCUGAUGCGACUUUAGAUAUAAGUUUUGGAAGCAAGAUAAUCAAGGUCCCAGUGUCAGAAUUGAUUAUGAAAACAUAUUCAGGUAAACAAUGCCACUUGGGAAUUUUCAGAGUUGCUCUGGAUUUUCCUUAUAUUAUACUUGGAGAUAAUGUAUUGAGAAGUGCAUAUGUUGUCUACGAUGUGGAAAACUACAAGGUGCAUAUUGGACAAGUGUACUAUACUAAUGAUGAAAAUAUUGAGGUAGUUGAAGGUGAUGUCCCUACUAGUGGUGGUCAAACCUCAACAAGAGUAUGGACUGGAAGUGGUAGAGCAGGGUCGGGCACUAGUUUGGAAGAUUAUGGCAACCUGGGAGUAAGAGAUGGAAUCUCGACUCAGAAUAAAUUGCUUUUCUUGUGGUUUGUUAUAUUUAGCUGGGUAUUGUAG